GAUCAAGGAUGUUGCGCGACGCAUGCCGCAUUUCCUCGCUUGCCCUGUUGGGUUUUCACGCAUUACCCACGCUUUUUGUGCGUGGCUCCCUCAGUCCGCCUGAUGAAGGUUUCCUCAGUCCGCCUGAUAGAGACCAGCACGAUGUUGAAAUGGACAAAGACGACUCGUCUCCUCCGACGCUGAGGAGACUGGCAAGUUGCGGCAGCACGGCCGCGUCUUCGUGUUCCUUAUACAACUCCUCAACGCAUGGCUCUCCUGCACUUGGGCCUGUCG